GUAAUUCAGCGUUUGGUCGCAAUUUAUGCUGAAUAAUUCAGUCUUCGAAAACCAAUCUCCUUUUAAUACGACGUGGAAUUAUUCUUGGUUUAAGUUGAUGGUUUAUAUUUAGAAAUGGAUCUGCAGAUCGUGUACUAAUACUCGUAAUAAUAUUAAUUCAGAAUGUUCAUAAAAUAAUCCGGUUUUUUUUGUUUACCAUAUCGCGUGCUACUCUCAAAAUAUAAGAGCUUACAAAAUACCAUAUGAUACCGGUGAGUAUUGUUACACCGCAAUCUGUGGAUUCAGUUGAACAGAUUGGUGAACAUUCCUCAUCUCUAUCUCUGCCAUAUAUUCCUGUUGAGCAAGAUUCAGUUCCUUACACAAACUCUCACGGUACUGUACUUAUGAAUGAUGGUCAGAAUCAUCAGUCUAGUAGUAGUAGUAGUAAUUAUCUUACAAAUCAAGAGUUACGUCUAGAUUCAUUCUUUCCUAACUCACCGUUGGCCAGCGUUGCUCGAGAUUCUCAUUGUGAUGAUAAUAGUGAAGAACAAAAUCGUAUAUCUAGUUUUGAAUUGAUUAGUCGCUUAAUCGAUGCUGAAGGUUUAAUUGAAUUGGGUUACAUUCCGUCAAGUUGUAAUUCAGCUUCAGCUAUUGAUGUAGCCAGUUUAUCAGAUCUUGAAGAAGUAACAUCUAAAACAUUGUUAUGGUCUUCAAAUGGUGAUGAUGUUACCGACUCUUUCAAUUUAGAUGAUUUGAAUAAUAAAAUCAAUGACAGCAAUACUAACAAUGUUGAUACUAAAUUAAGAAGUGAUAACAGCAAGAAUUUGGAGCAUCGGUCAACUCUGACGACUGAAUAUAUAUCUGUUGAUUUCAACCCACUGAAUAGUACUAACGCUUCAGUACCUGUUAUUUCAUUACCAUCUGAUACAAAUUUACAAACUCUACCGUCACUUGAAUCAAACGAAUAUGAAAAUUUCCAAACACACUAUAAAACGAAUACUCUAUUAGAUAAUAUUCCAUCACUACCUUCUUCUAAUACAGCAGUACCUGAUGAUCUUGGUCCAAUCACCAUCACUUCUUAUCCUAUGGGAUUGAUUGGGACGAAUAUCCCCUCAGUAACACGGCCAUCCAUCCAUCGAUCGCCUACUGACCAUCAUACACUUCCAUCAAUAAUAAAACCUAAUCAUAUACCUUAUUCCUAUUCUCCUCUAACUCCAUUAUCUGGUGUACAAAUUCGUAGAAAUAUGCAUGAAAGUAGUUUUUUAGUUGAUAAUCGGGUUUUUCCAGUUGAUAACACUUGUAAUCAGCAAUUACUGAUUGGAUCUUUUGCUAAAACUAAGUACUCAUCAGAUUAUCAAGAAUAUCCAAGUGCUCCAAAAUGCAUUCCUCCAGUUCAAACACUAGAGUUAUUCACUACACAUUCAUCUGACUUACCGGAUAGUUCAUCUUAUCCUUUGAUGAGUGUUGGGAAAUCGCCUAAACACUUAUUAAACAAUACAAAGCCUAUUAGAUAUUCUGAACCUCUGCAAAAAACUGGUGAAAAUUGCAAUUCUAACAUUUCUGGUCCCAAUCUACCAUUCAUUUCUCAUACUACAUAUUCCAGUCGGACUCAUUCUUUUUCAUCUUGUCCAAUUAGACAACCACUUGUAACUACUCCAAGUCAUGCACAACUUCACGUAAGUAUACCUCCGUCUACUCAAUCCAUGUAUUCUGCGUUCUCAUGUUCACCAAAUCAAAAUAUUUCAAUAUCUAGUACCGUUAAUUUACCAUCUACUGAUUCCAGUUCAGCUACCUUAAUAUUCAAUGGAGAUUUUCGAUCACAACCUAUUAUGGACAAUAGUGAUAAUUUAUUUUGGUCUCAUUCUUCAAUUCCCAGUGGAUCUGCAACUAAUACACAAAUGACUACAAAUUGGGAACAUUCAGUAGUACCACAUCCUGCUUAUGUAAUUGAUUCUCAGAUAACAGGUUUUCUUCCAGAAAAUACUUCAAUCACGGAAAAAACGAUUUAUGUUAAAGAUGGAAAUUCCAUACCGGUACAACCGAUAGUCGGCAGUGGACUGGUUGGCAGUUUUCAGUAUUUGACACCAACUGCUAUUCUUUCAAGACCAAAUUAUACUAUUCUAAACGAUCAAUCGACAGUUAAUCAUCCACAAGAAACAUUAGUUCAACCAUUUCUAUCACAGAUAAGUGAUCCUAUAAAAACAACACAAAAUCUUAAAGUUCCAUUUUGUCAAGGGACACCAUACACUUUAACUCCGGGAGUAUCAUCUAUUCCUGUUAAUCCUGAAUACUCGCUUAGUCGUUUAGAAAUGAAUACUCAAUGUUGCCCCUUUGAACUAUCUAAAACAAAUACAGCCGUGACUUCUCGAUCACCAUCAUCACGACCAUUUAAUUCUCCUGUGCGUCGUAAUUCUGCUCCUUUUCAAUCAACUUGUCCGAAUCGUAUAAAUUUUCCUGAAACAGCUGCUGUUCAUCAAUCAGAAUGUUCUAUUGUUGUAUCCCAGAUGUCUACUAAGAAAUUAACUACACCGGUUUUAUGUAUAUCAUCAAAUUCUAGUAAUAAUAUUCCAAUGAUCAAUCAACAAUCACCUAAUAGUAAUAGUAAUAAUAAUACUACUAAUAAUACUAAUAACAGUAGUACUAUUGUAUUUAAAACAGAAGAUACAACCCAACAACAACAACAACCACAUAUUAUUGAUAAAAAUAUUUUAUUAACUAAAACUACUACUGGUAUUGUUAUUCAACCAUCAGAAUUAUGUUGUCAUAUUCAACCAAUUUUAAUAUCAUCUCCGAUUAAACAUAACAAUAAUAAUAAUAAUAAUCAUUCACAUCAUUUAAACACUGAUUAUUAUAUUGAUUCAAAUUGUUUAACGAAUCAAUUCAAUGAGGAUAAAUCACAUCAAUCAAUUAUAUCUUCUUCUUCAUCUUCAUCUUCUGCUUCUUCAUCAUCACCAUCAUUAUUGUUAACAACAACUAAUUGUACUUCACCAUCAACUGUAGCAGCAGCAGGGACAGCAUCAUCUGUAUGUUGUUUGUUACGACCGUCAGGAGGAAGAUCAACUAGUACAAGUAGUGGAAGUAGUUGUGGUAGUAGUUCUUAUGGUGGCAAUAGUGGUGGUGGAGGUGGCGCAUCUAUUCUAUCUGGACAAUAUAUUUGUUCCAUAUGUUCCGAUCGUGCAAGUGGUAAACAUUAUGGUGUCUUUUCAUGUGAAGGAUGUAAAGGAUUCUUUAAACGAACUGUACGUAAAGAACUCACUUAUAUUUGUCGAGAUAAUCAAGAAUGUCAAAUUGACAAACGACUACGUAAUCGUUGUCAAUAUUGUCGUUAUCAGAAAUGUUUACGAGCUGGAAUGCGUCGAGAAGCUGUUCAAGAAGAACGUCAACAGCAACAACUCCAAUUGGAAGCUCAACGUUCACCAACUUCACCUGAUCAAAAUCGUGAUUUAUUAUCAGUUAACUCAAUGAUAAUGUCUGAUACAAACCUAAUUCAAUCAUUAGAUCAUACAAAUAGUACAUUACCAUCAUCAUCUUCAACAUCAACAUCUAGUCCUCAGAUACUUUCGAAUUUCUCAGACAAUAAUAUAAAUUAUUUCUAUUCAACAUCAAAUAGAAAAUCUGUACAAUUUUCAAUAGAUAAUAAUAAUAAUCAUUGUAAUCCCAGUGUUAUUAAUGAUAUUAAAACAUCAUAUCCAUCUCAAGAAUUCUCAUUGAUUGUGAACACAGAUAAUAACAACAACAACAAUGUAACAACAACAUCAUCAUUAUCAUUGAUGGAUAUUCAUGCAUUAAAAUUCUCAGCAGCAGCAACAACAACAACAACUAUUCCACCACCAUCGGAUGCUUUGGAAUUUAUUAGAACAGCAGAAUCAACUCUUUCAAAUCGACGUAAACAAUGGUUGAGCGCUUUCAAUGCACCACUACAGCAAUGUCCUACAGAGAUUGUUAAAUGUUUACAAGAUAAUGUAGAAAAUUUCAAGUGGUUAGAAAAUGUUUUUGAAAAGUGUACAGCUGAUCAUUUACCAUUGCUUGAUUUAGUUAUUUGGUCAUCAAAACUUCCAUAUGUUUGUCAACUAUCUUGUAAUGUUCAUUUAGAUCUACUGAAAUCAGCAUGCAUGCAAUUGAUCGUUGUGAAUUUAGUUUAUUGGUUAGCAAAUGAUCAUAAACCUUCCUCCUCCUCAUCAUCAUCAUCAGUAUCCAACUCUACAUCUCAUCCUCCUGAUACAACGAUCACCGAUGCUACUGCUCCUGCUCCUCCUCCUACCACUACUACUACUACGACGACGACUAAUACAAAUGACAUUGCCGGUGUCAUUGAUAUUUCCGUUGAAAAUUCAAUUUCAUCAACUAUAACUCAAGGUCAAAUAAAACAGUUGAAAACAGUCAAUAAAUCUAUUUCAUUAGAUGAGAAGAUGGAUUAUUAUUAUUCAAAUUUUCCAGAAUUUCAUUUAUUGAAUAAUUUAACAAAACCAAUGAAUACUAGUGGUAAUAAUAAUAACAAUGAUGAUUUAAUUUCUUCAAAAUCAACUAACACUGAUCAUACCGAUCUCGGUGAUGCUAAUGCCGAUGCCGAUGAUAAUGAUGAUGCUGGGGAUAGUGUGAAUGAUAAUAAUUUAAUUCGUAAACGGAAUACAAAUGUCAUCUAUAAGUUAAUUCAUAAUUUGGCCAUAAAGUUAAGAAUGUUAAAUUUGGAUCCGGUGGAAUUGGGUUGUUUGAAAUUAAUUUUACUAUUAAAUCCAGAUUCGUUAACUUGCCUUAAUGAGAUUCGUUCACUCAUUGAAUUAUUACGUGAUCAAGUUUAUUCUGGCUUAGAAUAUUAUUGUAAUCAAGUAUGGCCAAAUGCACCACAUGGUCGAAUGGGACGUUUAUUAUUGAAAUUAUCCAAUUUUCAAUCGAUAGCUGCACGUAUUGAAAAAUUGACAUGUUCCAAUGAAUUAAAUCAUUUAUUGAAUAAUUUAGAAUUGAUAUUUUCAUAUUUAUCUAUGAAAAAAUGUGUAGACUGUUCAAAUUUGAUCAGUACUACUAAUGUUACUACUAGUAGUAUUAGUAGUAUUGUUAGCAGUAGUAGUACAUUCAGUAGUAUUCAUCAAGAAUCUUUAUAA